UCGAAAAGGAAUCGACGCCGUAUCACCCUCAGAGCGAGUGCAAGUCUUUCGCAGCGAAGGCGGGGUUGCGACGAGGAGUAAUUCGCAGCGUGCAUAUACCGAUGCAUAUCAUCCGCACUCUAAAUUAAUGACAACAACACCUAGUCAAUUGAACGGUUGGGUGAGCAGAUGAGAAUCAUAGACCCAGCAGACCUCAUAGUUAUUGACCUGUUUUCCAAAACGGAUUCCAGAAGACGAAGAAAAGAAAAAUGCGCCUCCCCUACGUACCUGAUCCUCCAGCGACCAACACCGCCGCCGAGGCCGAGACGCUGGCCCGUGUGCAAGCCCGACGGGGCGCCACGGGACUCAUCCCUCUGGAUCUGGCCCUGCUGCAUUCAUUCCCUGUAGCUGAUGGCUGGAACUCGUUCAUCGGCGCGAUCCGGACUCGCACCAGUCUGCCGGCGGAGAUUCGGGAGCUCAUCAUCUGCCGUGUUGCGGUGCUGAACGGCGCCUGGUUUGAAUGGGGGCAACACGCGCCGCUGCUGCAAGAAAGUGGUUUCGAUGAAGCGGCGCUGAGCGCCGUCCGCGAUUUGGAGACAGGCUCUGACAGCGUCUUAACCCCCGCACAACAAGCCGUGGUGGCAUAUACUGAUGCGAUGACCAAGACUGUCACCGUGCCCAAUCCUGUAUUCCAGAGAGUCCAGGAGUAUUUCUCUGAUAGGGAGACCGUCGAUAUCACCGCCACUGUCGCUGCGUACAAUUGCGUGAGCAGAUUCCUUGUGGCCCUGGACGUCGGAGAACACAAUCUUUAGAAGAGAUCAUAACAGUACAUAGAUCUUAGCUUAGCUAUUUCAACCCUUCAUCUGAAACUCGAAUUCCUUAUC